AUGGCAGCUCCAGUGUCGGCAUACAAGGACCGGCAGUUCAUUGCUGUCAUUGGGGAUGAAGACUCGGUUACCGGUCUAUUGCUUGCUGGCAUUGGACAUAUCACCGACCCUCCGGAUUCUCAGAAGAACUUUCUCGUGUGCGACGCAAAGACAGAAAAGUCCCAGAUUGAGCAAGCAUUCAACAGAUAUACCAAAGAGCGGAAAGACAUUGGAAUAGUCCUAAUAAACCAGCAUAUUGCGGAGCAAAUUCGAGACACCGUCGACAGAUUCCAAGAUCCGUUUCCCGCUGUUCUCGAAAUCCCAAGCAAAGACCAUCCUUAUGACCCGGAGAAGGACAGCGUUCUACGGCGUGUGAGGAGGCUGUUCGGUGAAUAA